UCUCGUUCGGGCAUCCACAGGCACUGCUUCCCUCGCCUCCUCGCUUCGCUGUCCCUCCCACCUCCUCCCUCUUCCUCUGUGAUUCUGCCCCACAGGGAGAGAUAGGAUCUGUUACAGACAGCGCCAGGUUCACCCAGGAGCCCAGACUUUUUAAAGCUGCUCAUACCGGCUGGACCAUUUUGCAGAAGGUACUUCGGUGCGUGGGCGCUUGCCAGAGUUAGCACCUGGAAGGUGCCUCACUGCUGCAGGAGGUGUGACACAGUCCCCACCCACCACACACUGAUUCACACACAAGAUUAAGCCACCACAUGAUGCUGCAGGCAGAAGGCUUGGCACAGGUGAUUUACCUUCCCUGUCAGACCUAACAUCUUCGGACGCCUCCGCCGCUCAGCUCAACUCUCCCAGCCAGACUACUGAAAACCAUCUGCUGACCACAUCACCAAAGGGAUGACUGGCAGUCAUCUUGUGCAGGAGUAAGAGAGGAAGCAAUGGGCUGGACUAUGACUCUGAAAGAUGACUUUGGGGUCAUUGCCUGGAUAUGGCAAGCUGGGAACUUCCUCAGCCUCUUCCUGCUCUUGUCUUUCUUUUCCAUCCCAGUCCACACAGACAUCAUACUUCUGAAGGAUCAUCAUUUCUCAUGGAAAGCAGGCCAGUGGGGUCAGUGUAUCGGGGAGGAUUGUGGUUCUGGUGGGGUUCAGACGAGGACGAUAUGGUGUGUCCACAUGGAGGGCUGGACGACCCAUCACUCGCACUGCCAGCACAUGGACAAGCCAGAAAGCAAGAGGCAGUGCUUUAAGGUCUGCGACUGGCACCAAGACCUCUUUGAAUGGGAGCUCUCUGACUGGGGAGGAUGUGUUCUCGUGCCGUUCUUUUCCAACGAGCUCAAGCAGAAGACAACCGAGUGCGUUACGGCGCAGCAUGGCAUCCAGAAGCGCCACAUCCACUGUGUCCGCACUUCGAACCGAAGCACGGUCAGCACGAGGAUUUGUGAAUUCUUUUCCCAGAAACCACCCAUUGAGCAGGCGUGCCUGAUCCCCUGCCCUCAGGACUGUGUGGUUUCAGACUUUACCUCUUGGUCAGUUUGCAGCAAAACUUGCGGUGCCGGUUUGCAGCACAGGACUAGACAUGUCCUGGCCGCACCGAUGUACGGAGGGGCGAAUUGUCCAAACCUAACUGAGAUCAGGACUUGUACUAACUCUGCUAAAUGCCCCGUUGCAGAGGGUGAGUACCAGUACAGCCUUAAAGUGGGGGCUUGGAGUAAUUGCCGACUGCCCCAUCAAAAAGAUGUCCUUUUAAAUGGGAGGACCACAGUGGACUUCAGCACAAGCUCCAGUGAGAACAACACAAUCACGAUGCACACAGUGGCUUCUCACCACCACUCUCAUCACAGCCACCACCAUCACACACAAGUGCACAUUAAAUACCCGAUGUCGUGGGAACUAGAAGUGGGAUACCAGACGCGACAGGUUCGUUGUGCCAGAAGUGAUGGCAAGAACGUCAUGCUGAGUCUCUGCACAAAGGACACCGCCCCCUUGACCUUCCAGGCGUGUGUGAUGCCCCAAGACUGUCAUACAUCUGAUUGGUCAUCGUGGGGUCCCUGCUCUAAGACCUGCCGGUCCAAUGAUCUGUCCCCUGGUUACCGCCUCCGGACACGGGUCACAACUCAGAUCCCUCAUGGAGGGGGGAAAUCAUGUCCUGUCCUUGAGGAAAAAGAAGCUUGUAACAUCAUUGGGGAUUUAUUACCAAAAUGCCCCAGGUACAUGUGGAGAACCACUGAGUGGGGCGAGUGUCGCAUCCUGCCCUUACUGAGCCAGCAGGACAGACGGCAGGUUAAUGUCAGUGUUCUGUGUGGAGGGGGGGUCCAGACCAGGAAGACCUAUUGUGUUCAAGUCCCCGAUGAUUCAGCACCACAUCACAGGAAGGAAGUGUCUAGGCCUGUGAACGCUCGGCUGUGUGAGGGUGCUGAGCCACCUCCGGCUGUUCAGAACUGCUCCAUUCCCUGCCAGAACCAUUGCUUGCUGUCGCAGUGGUCACACUGGAGUGCCUGCCUGCAUGAAAACUGCAACGACCCUCAGGGGAAAAAAGGUUUCCGACAAAGGAGGAGGGAGGUGUUGUGGGAGUCCAGUGGAACUCUGGAGACCUGCCCUCAUCUGAUGGAGUUCAUCCCCUGCGAGGAGCCUGCCUGCUACUUGUGGCAGGUCCAGCAUGAGGGAAGAUGCAUCCCCACCAAUAGCUCAUGUGGUCCUGGAGCUGCAGUCUACAAUAUAACCUGUGUCAACACAGAAGGAGAUGUUGUGGCCAACACACACUGCACAGAUGACCCUCCGCCCACAGAGGAGACCUGCGASGUGGCCUGUUCUGCAGACUGUGUGGUCGGCUCCUGGUCCUCGUGGUCGACCUGCUCUCACAGCUGUGCAACAAAAACCGCAGAGGGCAAGCAGAGCCGCRCUCGCACGGUCCUGGCCAUCCCGGGGAAAGAGGGGAAAGCCUGCCCAGCAGCUCCAGCCUUAGAGGAGUGGCGAGUCUGCAACAACCAUCCCUGUAYGGUAUUUUACUGGGAGGCUUCAGCUUGGGGUCCCUGUUUUGUGAAUACCUCGGCUGAUCUUAAUGGAACAAGCCCGUGGAAUGAGACUUCUGCCUGUGCUGCUGGUGUCCAGAGUCGUAAAGUCAGCUGCAUGAAGAUGAAUGCUGGUCCCGUCGUAAAUAAAAGRUGUUUAGAGUCUUCUCGUCCAGAAAGUGUCCAGUCCUGUUGGCUUCCCUGCAAAAAGGACUGCGUGGUGACACCGUUCAGUGAAUGGACAGCCUGCCCCUCAGCCUGCCUCACAGAGAAUUCAACCGCUGCCACACAGUCUCGGUACAGAACCAUCAUUCAGAUGCCAACUAGUGGAGGCCAAGAGUGUCCGGACACAUUGUAUGAAGAAAGGGAAUGUGACUCAGUUGGUGUGUGUCCAGUUUACAGAUGGAGGAUGCACAAGUGGCACAGUUGUACUCUGGUCCCUGAUUCUGUAAGGCGAGGAUUAUCUGGAUCAGGAGAAGCRUGUGGAAAUGGGUUAGAAACAAGAGGGGUCAGUUGUGUCGGGGAGAAAGGAGAGCCGGCCAAUAUGACCGAGUGCUUGCAGUGGGCUGGUCCCCUCCCGUCUCAGAUCAGAGAGUGCCGGGUGGCUUGCAAAGAUGACUGCGCUCUCACUGCUUGGUCCAAGUUUUCUGAAUGCGCCGGAUGUGGCAGCUCACAGACUCGCAGGCGUUCACUUCUAGGCCGCAGCAAAAAGAAGGAGCGUUGCCUCAGUGAGGAGCUGUACCCACUGGAAGAAACAAAAUCCUGUCCCUGUGAUGAGUUUUUAUCUCAGCCCUAUGGGAACUGGUCUGCUUGCAUCCUUCCAAACCCUUCAGUGUUUGAGUCGCUGCAGGGUUGGAUGGUCCAUCGGGAGGUAAAGGAAUGUGGCCAAGGUGUGCGCUACAGAGCUGUGGCCUGCGUCAACCAAAGGGGACACCUAGUUAACCCAACGUUUUGUACAGACACAGGCUACAUUGUGGAGGUUUGCCAUAUCCCUUGCCCCCUGGACUGUAAGCUCAGUGAAUGGUCUCCCUGGUCAGCUUGCAGUGCGUCCUGUGGCAGUGGAUUGAAGAUAAGAUCCAAAUGGCUCAGGGAGAAAGCUUUCAAUGGUGGACGACCAUGCCCCAAGCUGGAUUUAAAGAACCAGGCUCAGGUGUACGAAGCUGUGCCGUGCGACAGGGAGUGCAGCCAGUAUGAGUGGAAGAUCGAGCCCUGGUCCAUUUGUACCAUCAACACCGUGGACGACCUGCCAGCUUGCGGGGAGGGAGUCCAAAGCCGCAAGAUCAGGUGUGUGAAGAAGGAAGCAGCGAGCGGGGAGGACAGUGUGGAUGAUGGUCUGUGUGAUCAGGACGAAAUGCCACCCAGAGCCCAGGUCUGCUUUUUAGCCUGCCCUAAUGCCUGUGUUAUGGCACCCUGGGGACCAUGGAACAACUGCCCCGAGGAAUGUGACCAAGGAUCUUCGAGGAACAGAAGCAGGCACGUCCUCCGCCUCCCAUCUUCGGACAGUGGAGCUUGUCCAGAACUGGUCCAGUCAGAACCGUGUGUUCUCAACAGUACCUGCUUCACUUACCAGUACAUUGUGUCAGAAUGGAGCACGUGCCAGCUGAGUGAAAACGCCAUCUGUGGUCGAGGAUCACGUUUGCGCCACCUGGACUGUGUACGCAGCGACGGCAAAGUGAUGGAGUUGCACAAGUGCAAGCAGUUUGGUUUGAUCAACACGUUGCAGCUGUUGGAGAGCUGUGUGGUCGACUGUCCUGUCAGCUGUAUGCUGUCUGACUGGUCGCCGUGGGCGGACUGCUCGCACACCUGCGGGAGCCGAGGUCAGUCGGAGCGCAGCCGGAGAAUCCUGCAGGAGGCUCACGAGGAGGGUCAACCCUGUCCCAACCAGCUCAGCCAGACCAAACCAUGUCCCAUAAGGCCUUGCUAUAUGUGGUUACUGAGCAACUGGUCUCCGUGCACCGUAGAGAGUGCAAAGUGUGGCGAGGGGCUGCGGACGAGGAACCUGUCGUGCGUUGUCCACUGGGGGAACUGGCACGAGUCUCCUCCUCAGCCAGCGGAGACGGAGCUUUGUGGAGACGUGCGGAAGCAGCAGCUCCUUCAGAAGAUGGAGCAGCCAUGCUUUGUGCCCUGUCCAGGAGACUGCCAUCUGACUGAAUGGUCAUCCUGGAGUUCCUGCCAGCUGACCUGCCUGGAGGGGCGGAGCUUUGAGUCCACCGGYCGUCAAACGCGGUCCCGAGCUGUGAUCGUUCAGGCCACAGAGAAUCAGGGCAGCUGCCCUCUUCAAGUCUUUGAGACUCAGCCCUGUGAAGGAGGAAAAUGCCACACUUACCAGUGGAAAACAGGAGGAUGGAGCAACAAUGAGAGGGCAGUGUGGUGUCAGCGUUCAGAUGGAGUUAAUGUCACAGGGGGGUGUUUCCCGCAGAAAAGGCCCACAACUCUUCGACACUGCCAUCCUCCGUGCACCAAACCGUUCUCACACUGCACGCCGAGCGGAGUGUGUGGGUGUGAGAGAGGCUACACUGAAGUGAUGACCUCGCACGGCUUUCUGGACUACUGCACGAGAACCCCAGGGGUGGACAACAGCAAGAAAGCCGACGUGAAAACCAACUCCGGGAGAUUAAAACCCAGACCGUCUCAAGCCAACGACCUCUUCAGCGAGUGGACCUUACGACCUGUUGGCCCAGAUGGACGAGUGAAGUUGUGGGUUUACGCCGUGACUGUUGUCGGAUUCAUCGUGAUACUCUUCAUUAUUGCAUUAUCGUUCCUGGUCUGCAACCCGUAUAAAACCACUAAGGCGUCCGCUCCACCACAGAAGCCCCUAACUCUUGCCUAUGAUGGUGACAUGGAUAUGUAACCAAGCUGCUAUACCUCAUGAGGACGUGCUUGGCCUUGGACCAGAAUCUGGCCGUGUUCUGAUUGCAUCCUGAUCCGUUUAGGACGGGUUGUGGAUAUGAGCUGACUAWGAUACAGUGUUUGCUGCUGAAUGGUAACGUAGCGCCAAGUUUUGGCUGUACUGCCGACUCAAAGAAGCAGAACCAAAGCUGAUCAAGGUGAGAGUGAGACAUGGACCUUUAGUUUCUUUCUUCUUCUUCUUUUUUUUAAGAACUGCUUGCAACAUGAACCCACAGUUGAAGAAUUAUUUGCAAACGACAAAACAGGAGGAACUCUGAAACAAAAGUGAAUCUACAAGGGUUCAUUUCAGAGAUUUUUGUGUCAAGAAUCAAAGGGACCACUUUCUUUUUUUGUUGCUUUUGUUUUGUUUUGUUUGAGUCUGGAGAAAGAUAGAAUUACCAGAGUCUGCAGUUGCUCAGAAUUCAAAGGCCCUGCAACAAGAACCGUUGAAUUUUUCUCAUUAGUGCUGGAUCCUCGUGAAAGGAAGUGUCACAAGCUCUUUGGAUGAACUAAGCAGCACCCCCUUUUUUUCUUUAUUCCUGAAUAAAAAAGAGGGUUUAUGCACUAUGUUAGUGCUGAUUCAGUUUUGUUGUUUCUUUCGGAUGACUUUUCUAGUGUUUUAUCUGUAAUGCAAGUUUUUUGCUGUCUGAUUGUGUAUUGUUUGAUGAUGCAAUAUGUUGUGUAUAUGUGGGAACCAAAAGCAAGCCUGCCUUGAGUUUAAAGACRCCAUGUUGCAGUCAUUUCUCUUUCGUCACAAGACUCCCAGCCACAGAYGCCAAAAUAAAGUAACAUUUAAAAGAAAGAGAUUCAUUAAAACAAAGAUGAUUUUUUUUGUAUAGUAGGGGGAGAAAAACAGUACACAAAGGCUAUUAAUGCAAACCAGCAACACAAAAAUCAUACCUCAUUUACACUUUUUUCUUUUUUUCUUUCACAAAAAUGCAAAACAAAACAACACUGAUCAUUAACACACACACACACACAGAAGGCUAUAAUGAAUAGUUUAUCCACUGGGUUCUUAUGGUGUUUUAAUAGAGCAAAUAACUUCAUUUGUAUUACUUUCAUCUCAAAUUUUUUGUUUUUAUUUCUUUUCUAGAGAGGCAAUUCUGCAGCGUUUCCUCCUGCUGAAGGCAAAAGGGCAAUAAUGUGUUUAUUUAUUUAUGUAUUUAUUAGCAUUUUUUGUCAUGUCUGUAUGAGCGUGCACGUGGGGGUGUGGGGUUUGACCAACAUCUUUCUCAAACACAAAAUGGCCAUGAGUCAGUUAAAACUCGGUGCGGUAGCAGCUGACAGAUUCAAAAUGCUCCAAGCUCCAACAGAUCCUGCAAGUUCACAUAAAACAUUGCAACAUCGCACAAAUCUGGUUUGAGCAAACGUGCUAUAACUCUGUCAUCUUUUUUUAACCAAUAAAGGAGUCCUUAACUCUGGCAUAAAAGGCAGCGGGUGAUAUGCAUUCCUUCAAGGAAGGCUUGRCUUUUAAUUAAAAUAAAUUGAGUUGUUUUGUGCGUUACAUCCAAGUAAUACUGCAGCUGUCAUGUCAGCUUUAUAGAUUUUUCUUUUGUCAAAUGAAGAAUGUCGAACUUGCUACACAAGAUUUCAAAUACCAAAUACAGUAUCUCUGAGCACAUAUGAUUAAUAGAACUGUUUUAAACUUUUCUUUUAUCUUAUUCAGCUCUAAAUAGUUUCCUUUUUUAUCACAUUUUAUAUAUUUUUUUUACUUAGUUUUCAUUUAGACAUGAAUCCUUCAUUUAUUACUGAUUUCAAUCCAGUGGAAAGCUUAAUUUCUUGUAUUGGGUAAUUUUGGUGCUUACCAGAUUUUAAGCUGUUUCUCAUUCUGCCUCCACAAACUGAAGAUGUAAAGGUCACGUGUUUCCUGACCUCAUCCUGAAUGUAUUUAAUCAGUAACUCUAUAAUAUUCAUGGCUGUGUGCAAAUACGGUUGUUUGUGACAACUAUAUUUCAGCAGCUGUCUGUAUGUAGGCAUGCUUGAUCUUCUUUUUGGCAGAGAAAGCUCCAAGUGGCCUUGCAAAGACUCCGUUUCAUAAGUUGCCAAACAUUUUAGGAUAGUUUCCCCCCUAGGCAGUGUUUCUAAUAUUUGGCCGGCACAUGGUGAACGUUGGGUUUCAGAAACGAUUCUAGAAGCGUUUGCAAGUCCUAGGUAACACCUUAUCUGUUACCUAGUCACAUUAUAACACAAAGAGCAGCCAUGUUCACGUUUCAGACAACUCUGUUGGAUUACGUCCCAGAAAUCUAAAGGUAUUGUUCACCAACUGUUUACAGAACCAUGCUAUUUGUGUUACUAUUGUGUGUACAUGGAGAACUGRACAAAAUGCAAAUAAAUUGUGAAAACCA